AUGGAGCGUCGAACCUUUGAAGCCCCCAUGGAAUGGGAGUACCAGAACUCCGGGCCCGUCGAUCUAACCAGCCCGUUUGCGCAGGUGGCCAAGAAAAGAUCAGAAAACUUGUUCAAUUCAUCGCUCAAGCCAUCGACGACGCAGAAUACUCCGUUUUCCGCCUUUGGAACGCCGUCGAAGCCGCCGACGAGGUCGUUCUUCACCCCCCAGCUUGCGCCCCGUGUGGUGGCGCCGCCCUUUCGAAACCCGGCAUUCACGACGCCGAGACAGCUCGACGACGCGGGCACCUCGGAGUCCUCCUUCGCCGAAGCUUCCUUCAGCACGGCCGAAGCCUCCUUCACCACAGCCCUCGAGGGCAGUCCAGCGCGCACCGAUGCCUCUGCGUCUACCAACCAUACCCCCGAGUCGGAGCACAUGAGCGACGCGACGGUAGCCAACAGCCCGACGCCGACCAAGGUCGACAAGAACUCUCGAUACAACAGGGCCUCGCCACGGAGGCAUGCGGCCGGCAGAGGAGAGAUCCGUCCGGUGAGGGAUUCCCCGCGCAAGGAGCUGCAGCUGCUCAGGAAGAGGAAGCGACACAAUCUCGACAAGGACGUUAGCAGUGUGAUGCGACACCUGCCGCGGGACUGGGAGGACGAUGCAUCGGAUUCGGAUAGUAGCACCGUCUCAUACCGAGGCGCAUCACCGAGCAGGAUCGCGCCGCCGCCAUCUUCAUCGCAGCAAAAGAGCCCCCGGAAUCGCGAGGGCUGGUUCGUCUCGCUACUGGGCACAAUGGACCGAUAUCCCGGGGCGCCCGACCACAUCUACAGGUGGCUGCAGCUGGGGCUCAACUGCUUCAUGAUUGGCAUCGUCAUCUUCUGCGCCUGGUCGGUCGUCGAGGCUGUGCGUUCCGACAUUCGCAACGCCAACGAGAUGGCGCGCAUGGAGAUCAUGAGCCGCGUCUCGGAAUGCCAGAACCACUACACCAGCAACGAAUGUACGAAGAGGGACAGGCCGGCGCUGCGUGCGCUGUGUGAUGAGUGGUAUGACUGCAUGACGCAAGAUUCGGAGGCCAUUAUGCGCGUCAAGGUCACCAUCAAGCAGGUUGCGGAGGUGAUUAACGAGUUUGCGGACGCGAUGAACUUCAAGGCAUGGGUCAUGUUUGGCACAAUCGCCGUCUUCAUCAUCUUUUCCAACGUCAUGCUGCAAUGGGGACGAUCCAAGUCUCAGCCGGCUCCUCCCGUGCAUGCAGCCGCCUUCUCGCCCGUUCCCAUGAUGGGCCUCGACGCCACGCCAGCGCACUUUAGGGGGCGGUUCGAGACGCCCAGGUCACAGCGGUACGCCUACCUCGAGGACGAUGUGAUGGACACCGACAUGUCGCCUUCCAGGAGGGCACUGGGGCCGGGCUUCAUGUAUGCGCCCCCAGGUCUGCGCAGCCCAGGCAAGGGAGAGCGACCGCUUAGUCCUAUCAAGUAUCCGAGUCCGGGCAAGGGAUCCGGGGGGUCUCUGCGCUGGCAGUGA